AUGGCAGAGCAUGAAUCGAUCACCGUCCAGCAGGAAACAAGUGGUCAGGAGGUAUAUGAACAGGUAGCGGAUCGGGAGGUGCUCAAGGGAGAUCAGGUUAUCCAGCUUACCAGAGGAAAGUUGGAUAGAAUCGUGAGGCUUUGGGAAAUCCAACGAGUAGCAUACCAAGACGAAUCAGAGCAGCGGAUCAACGAAGAGCUGCGGGCAAACUACGCGGGUGGCGACGAACCUAUGUUUAUUCGUAGUAGCUCAUGCAGCACCCGUGGCCAUGGCCCAGCGACUGAGCGCACGCGGAGCUCUGGCGACGACAGCACUGGCCUCGGCCUUGUGUGCCUUGCUCCAAUAGUUGAUGGGGCACUGAUGCGCCUGUGGCACGAUGGCUGUUGGGCGACGGUCCCGACGACUACGACGCUCAUGGCAACGACAUCAUUGGUGACUGACUUGGUGGGCGAGAUUUUCCAUGCAACGGCUUCUCCGACGAACACGGCGAUCCGACUUGGGAUUCUUAGUGAGACUAGGAAGCUUAAUAAGCUAUGGCAUCCUUGGGAAAGAGAAAAAGUGGACUACUUUGUGCUUGGUGAUCUUUGGAAUAGUUUUGGUGAAUGGAGUGCAUAUGGUGCUGGAGUUCCAAUCCUUGGCCAAACUCUAAUUCAGUAUUUUGUGCCUUAUCUCUCGGCUAUCCAAAUUUUCACCAGCAGUUCAUCUGUAAACUGUUUGAGGUAUGAGAAUGAGUGUGUAAGUGAGACGAGGGACUCGUUUAGUGAUUCAUUCAGUGAGGAGAGUGAAUGUGAGAAGUUAUGGAGAUGGGAUGGAUGUUCUUCUGAGGAAGGCAUAAUCGAGCAGGAUAGUUUCUGGCUUCCAAAUGAAAGACUCGGUAAUCUUUACCUUCAAUACUUUGAGCAAUCAUCUCCAUAUGGAAGGGUUCCUCUAACAGACAAGAUUAGUAGCUUAGCCGAAAGAUACCCUGGAUUAAUGUCUUUGAGAAGUGUAGACCUCUCGCCAGCUAGUUGGAUGGCAGUUGCCUGGUACCCAAUUUACCAUAUUCCUACCGGUACAACUAUGAAAGACUUGCAGACGUGCUUCCUUUCCUACCACACACUUUCUUCUUCUUUUCAAGAUAUGGAGCAAGGGAGUGAAAAAAAGGAAGGGGAGAGCAAUUACAUUUCACUCCCUCCAUUCGGGUUGGCCACUUACAAGAUGCAAGGUGAUGUUUGGAUAUCAGACAAGAAAGGGCAUGAUGGGGAAAAAAUUAUGUCGCUUUUGAGCGUGGCAGAUUCUUGGCUAAAGCAAUUACGGGUCGAGCACCAUGAUUUCAACUAUUUCACCGGAAUAAGGCACGUCUAAAACACCAACAUUUUCCCUUUUUCCUGCUGGAAUAUUAUUUAUUGUAUUUGCUAAGAACAGAUGAGAUAUGAUGAGUGGACUUAACAAGCGCUUUGUUAAUAUUUUAUAGCGCAACUGAACUAACGAACUGAGACGGGACAUCUUUUGUCAUUUUCAUUUUUAGUUUUUUUUUUUUUUUUUUUNUGCAAGAAGUUCUGUGGUAUGUCAACUGUUGAAUAGUUUUUUAUGACUGUUGGUAAUUAAUAGUGUGGAGAAGUUUUUGCAGAUCAAUAUUCAGGAUACGCACUUUCUUUUAUUAGUAUGGUUUUCUAUAAAUGUUUAAGCCUUAAAACUU